AUGACUAAAGUCACAUUCAAAAUAAUUCUAACAUCCGAUCCCAAGUUACCAUACAAAGUUUUGAGUGUUCCUGAACAAACACCAUUCACAGCUGUGCUUAAAUUUGCUGCAGAAGAGUUUAAGGUUCCAUCAGAGACCAGUGCAAUAAUAACAAAUGAUGGCAUUGGGAUAAACCCUGCACAAACUGCUGGUAAUGUCUUUUUAAAGCAUGGUUCAGAGUUAAGAUUGAUUCCAAGAGACAGAGUUGGUCAUCUGCAUUGA